AUGAGGACAGGAUCUUGGCUUUACGCCGCCGCGGCCAUCCUUCUUUCGCAAUGCUGCUGCCUCGCCGCACCUGUGUCUUCCACUAAAUCCGAACGAGGGACAUCACUACGUCUACCUGUGAGAAAGAGCCAUGUCACGAGAGACCUCCAGCGUCGCUGGGUAUCGGCCACGCUCCAAAACGCCGACUACUCGUACCUGGUCGACCUGGAUAUCGGCACGCCAGCCCAGACAAUCACCCUGAGCAUCGACACGGGGAGCAGCGACAUCUGGGUCUACGGGCCUGGGUCGUGCAGCGCAUGUACGGGCGGAAUAUUUGACCCCAGCGAAUCGAGCACCGACAUCUACGACGAGAACCUGGGAGCCUUCUCGGCGAGCUAUUUCGACGGCACGAGCGCGUCGGGGUACUACGUCGACGACACGGUCGGACUCGGCUCGGCGACGGUGACGGGCGUGACGUUCGCGGUGGCCACGUCGGCGGCCGGCACGACGCGGGGGAUCAUGGGCAUCGGGCUGGCGGGCCUCGAGGCCAGCACGGUCAAGUACCCGGAGCUGCUGGACGACCUGGCAGCGCAGGGCCUGAUCGACCGGCGGUCCUACAGCAUCUACCUCGACGACCUGGAGGCCGGGAGCGGGUUCAUCCUGUUCGGCGCGGUCGACGGGUCCAAGUACGCCGGGUCGCUGGUCACGCUGCCCAUGAUCCCGUACACGGACUCGGCGCCGCGGCUGCAGGUCGCGUGGACGUACCUGUCGGCGACGACGUCGGACGGCAGCACCACGCACCUGACGCAGUCCGGGUUCUCGUACCCGGUGGCCCUGGACACGGGGUACACGACGAGCGUGCUGCCCGUGGACCUGUUCAACGAGCUGGCGACCUACUUCUCCGUCUACACCGACUCGAACGGCAACUACCUCGUGCCGUGCGAGAUGCCGUCCGGCUUCUUCAGCUUCGGCUUCGGCGGCGAAGGCUACACCCCCGCCGUGGCCAUCCAGGUGCCCUUUUCCGAGCUGGCCGUCCCCGUGCCCGGCGAGUCCGGCACCUGUCUGUUCGGCUUCCUCCCCCAGGCCCAGUCCGUCAUCAGCUUCGGCGACACCUUCAUGCGCAGCGCCUACGUCUACUACGACUUUGACGACUCGACCAUCAGCCUGGCCCAGGCGGUGUGGACGUGA